AUGCAAGCUUGUAACUCCACUACAGGAUGCUCCACUACCACAGCGAUGACAAUCGAAGAGGAGAUGAACCCUUACUUGAAUGCCUCUCUUGUAGCAAUUAUUGCCAUACCGGGAUUCCUGUUCAACUUGCUAUCGUUCUUUGUGUUCUUCACUCAUCCAGCUUUCAGAAAUUCCUUCGGAAGGCUAACUACUCUGAAUGUUGCCGCAAACUGUUUCCUCCUCUUAUUUUUUGUAUUUUGGUCAAUUCCUCUAAUAUUCUCGAGUCUUGAUCAAAAAUUACAUUUGUUGAACGAACGCCUUGGCCAGCUCUCCUUGUUCUUCGCCGAAAUUACUUAUAAUUCAGGAGUGGUUUUAUCCAUAAAUCGACUCGUUGCAAUUUCGCUGCCCGUUUUUUAUCGCAAAUACUUCACCAUGCGAAUAACGUACAUUAUCAUUGGCGUCAUUCUUGCUCUAUCUUUCUUGUAUUGGCUUGUAUAUUUUAUUCCUGGCUGUUCAUUCUAUUUUGAUGUCGACGCCAAUGUUUGGAUGUUCUCGGAUACUAAAUGUGGAAUCUUACUAGGAGAUGUUAUAGAUCUCAAAUACAAUUUGGGUCUUCUAAGCAUAAGCAUAGUGUGUGACUUUGUCACUAUGCUGUUCUUCCGAGGAGCUAACAUGAGAAUGAAAAAACUUGUGGCCGAUGAGAAAAAAGCUCGACAACGAACUCGCAAAGAAAUCAUAUUUUUUUUACAAUCUUUCUCGCAAACUUGUGGAUACGUUCUUAUGUUUGUAUCUUUUCACAUCAUAAGUGCAUCCGUCCAAGUGAAAUUCCAUGUAUUUCUCUCAACCACUAUUGCUUGGGCCAGUGCUCAUGCUUUCGGAGGAUUCAUCAUCGCUGUUUUCAACAAAGAAAUACGACUGCAUCUGUCUGGGAAAGGGGGAAGAAGGAGUAUCGACAACGGGAGCCAGGCAAUCGAGGGACAAUUUUUGAAUCCCUUUCGACAUAGGUAUAUAGGAUUUUUUGCUUUGCUCUUGGCUGUCUUGUGA